GUGGGGCGGGGCGGGGUGGGUUGUGGGAACAUCCUCCUUCCACCUCCUUCCACCUCCCUGCCCUCCUUCCUCGCCUCGGGUCAAAGAUGGCCUACUGCAAGCUAUAAAAAGCUGUGACCGAGGAUAAGUCGUAGUCCCUCAGUCUCAGUCGCUGUCCAUCUAUCUGCCUUAGGCAAAUCGAGCCGCGAUGCUCGAACCCAGGUGGUCGGCAAUGGCAGUACUCUCCCUCUCUCCCUCUCUCUCAACCCUCCCCAUUCAGCUCCAUCGAUAGACCAGGAAAGGACGACGGGUGAGUGUAAUCCCGACCUCUCAGUCGAGAGUCAACCAGAUUUUAGCCAGACUCCAUCUCGUGAUGCUCACUCCUGCUCCUGCUCCCGCCGCUGCUUUGUCAUUCUUCUCACUCCACAGUUUUUCAUGAAUCAAGCCGGAUCAUCAACGAUCCACCAGCCACCUGCUCUCCCUCCCAUUGAUCUGGAGGAUUUCAUGUAAUUUGUCGUGUGACACUCUAGCUUGACUCGCGCCGUUGAUCUCCUCUCGGUUCGAUGUGCUUGUUGGGCUUCGUCAAAGGGGGAGGGCAACAGGACCUCGUCCUUGCAUGGACGAACGUGUAUUCAUGCGGUUGGUAGUCCGUGUAGCUGUUCCUGAGGGGCCGGGCUAGCACCAUGGCUGUCCUCCUUAGCACUAUAUAUGUGCACCGCAUUUUCCUCUUUCCUCAUUCCAUCUCACUUCCACUUUUCUCUGCAGGCUCGGCUUGCUUUGAUGUGCUUCGCUUGUGUUCUCAUGUAAGGUACCCUAAGUGGGCUAUCUGAUCACCUCCGCGAUCUGCUUGCAGGUCACGGUUUUAGAGCUGAAGAUCUCAUGCUUGGAUUCUUCUGUCUCCUUGUCGCCGAGACGGCCAGUCGUCAGCCGAGCAUGAAAUGGUCUGUCCUCCUGGGGUCCCACUCGGGAUCCGCGGACACAUACAUCGACCUGGUGCUUUGCUUCUCGUUCCUUCUUGUCCAUUUUCUGACUUCUUUCAUGUAUACCUCCCGAGUCUCGCCUGUUAUCCGAAGAAUUUUGCAUCAGACGCUGUCCAGGAUGGAGUAAUUGUUGCUACUAGGCAGUCGGAUGGAACUGUUCAGGGUUGUGAAAGUUGCCUCCGGCAAUGAUGAUCCUGCGCUGGUACCUCCAUCCAUGAUGCUUGCAGUGAAAUCUUUUCUCUAGCUCAUGGACGUGAAUCUGGAUUCCAUCUUCCUUUUACUGCUUCCCAUUCAAAUGCGUUUAUCAUGCUUCGACGAGAUCAGAAUGCAAGCUUUGAGACCUAUGUGGCAACUGGAUUGCCGACAAGCAGCUGCAGACCUUGCGGCUCGCACGGCUCAUUUUUUUUCUCCAGCUCGGGAGCCGUCACAUAGGACGUCCAGUGCUACUUACCUGCUCCCUCUUGUCAUAUAUCUAUCUAUCAAGCGGUGUGAGUGGACUGAGGUAGUGCUCCAAAUUGUGAACUCGUUAACAUAUCUCAUCAUUGGUACAAAUGGCACACAAUGUACCAGAUCGACAGGAACUGUUGUAUCGACCGGGCCGAUGUGCCUGUACAUGAAUCUUCCUUCGUGAAGAUCGUCGAGUGUUAGUCCCCGAAUGCGUGUGGUAUGUGCUCAGAAAAAGAGAAGGGAGGGAUCAUCACUAUCCUGGGAUGCCUGCAGAACUUUGUUCGGGCCUGAGCCUUGGAUCUUUAUGAGUGGAGAAUCUGGUGUUACUUGUUCAUCGACAACAAAAUUGCCUUUGACUCGGACCCACAUUUACAUGGGGAAAGGCCAGUUCCCAUGGAUGAGGAUGUUCCAAAAGGUUGGUUUGGUGUUAUGAUGUGCAGUCCAUGUUCAUUGCAAUGCCAUGCCAAUCUUCGGGCCAUUCUUAUUCAUGUGAAUAGGGCUUUUUCCAAGUCAUUGUGGCUCCAAUUUAAAGGCUGCAGCCUCGAAAUUCGAGGUCCAUCAUCAUCCUUUCCAUCAUCGGGAUAGGACAUUGUGUAAGUGAUCUUCUUCCUUCUGAUUUAUAGAUAUGUACGCUGCGAAGAUCGAGCUGUUCGACACUUUAUGAUUUUAAGAGAUUGAAAGGACAAAGUAGGAGCAUUAAGGGCCUUUUUAGCGAUCUGACAGUUUCAGUACACACGCUGUAAGAGAUCGGAAGUGGAAAACAGGAGGAGAAAAUGUCUCAUUCAGUGAACAGAAAGAAAGUGCAUAUGUUGGUCUGGACAAGAGGGACGAGAACUCUACAUGAUGUGAUUGUUGAUCAAGCGGGAGUCGUGUAAAAGGAUGGAAGACGUAGUUCAACAGCUGCUGCAGUUUCUAAAUUUCACGUUAGUGAACAGACAACCCGAAGGGGGAAUGACAGUACCUACAUAUCCUCUUGUCUAGAUCUGAUUAACAGCCGGAAUAUAUAUAUUGUUCUGUGAAAAUUUUUUUCUGACAUAAUCGGUUCCUUCUGAAUUUGAAUAUAUGAGAGAGAUUGGACCGGAGAUCCCUGUUUAUUUGAGCUUAUUCUUCAUAGCCAAAAUUGGUCGAAGCGUGACUGUACAUGAUUGGUAGACACUCGAACAUCAACGGUAGAAUCUGAUUUACAAAGCAUGUUAUGACUA